GAGGGAGGAAGGCAGGCGGGCGGCGGAGGGGCCGCGGAGAGGCGAGCGCGGGCAGCCGCGGCGGCGGAGGAUCGCAGCCGCAGCGGGGCCGGGCCGGGCCGGGCGCGCACCAGUGGCGGCGGCAGCGGCAGCAUCUCGCUCGCGGAGCCGGCGCAGGUUUCCCACACCUGGAGCCAGACUGAGAGCAGCCCAGGAGACAGCUGAACUUCGUCACCCAUCCCCAGAGCCAGCAAGACAUGGGCCCCACUUUCCAAACCCCCAACGCCUUUCAUUUAACCAGACACAUGGAGGGGAGCCACCAUCCCUGACCAUGUAGAUGCCAGCUCCGGGGAGCAGCAUGGGCCCCGCUGAAUGGAGACUACUGGGACUAGAGCCCUGAGCCCCUCCAGCCCCUGGACUUCACCCUGCACCCAGAGACACCCCUUGGAGUUCACCACUGCUGCUGUCAGUCCACCUCGACUGCCCCCUCCCCCUGGGACCCGGAGUCGGCCACCAGGAGCUGCAGCCAUCCAGUGAGGUUGUGCUGAGGACAGCCACACAGAGCCAUCACCCAGUAGCCUCUGGUCCAGUGCUGACCCUCGGGCCCACCCUGAGCAGGGACUGUGGCAAACAUGGGUGACAUGACCAAUAGCGACUUUUACUCCAAAAACCAAAGAAAUGAGUCAAGCCAUGGAGGCGAGUUUGGGUGCACGUUGGAGGAGCUCCGCUCCCUCAUGGAACUGCGGAGCACUGAGGCUGUGGUCAAGAUCAAGGAGACUUACGGGGACACCGAAGCCAUCUGCCGGCGCCUCAAAACCUCACCUAUCGAAGGUUUGCCAGGCACAGCUCCAGACCUAGAAAAGAGAAAGCAGAUUUUUGGACAAAACUUUAUACCUCCAAAGAAGCCAAAAACCUUCCUGCAGCUCGUGUGGGAAGCUCUGCAAGAUGUGACACUGAUCAUCCUGGAAAUUGCGGCCAUCAUCUCCCUGGGGCUCUCCUUCUACCACCCGCCUGGCGAGAGCCAAGAAGGAUGCGCCACGGCCCAGGCUGGGUCUGAGGAUGAAGGGGAGGCAGAGGCAGGCUGGAUUGAGGGGGCUGCCAUCCUCCUCUCAGUCAUCUGUGUGGUCCUGGUCACGGCCUUCAAUGAUUGGAGCAAAGAGAAGCAGUUCCGGGGCCUGCAGAGCCGCAUUGAGCAGGAGCAGAAGUUCACCGUAAUCCGGGCUGGCCAGGUGGUCCAAAUUCCUGUGGCCGAGAUUGUGGUUGGGGACAUCGCCCAAAUAAAAUAUGGUGAUCUCCUCCCUGCUGAUGGCCUCUUCAUCCAGGGCAAUGACCUCAAGAUCGAUGAAAGCUCCUUGACAGGAGAGUCUGACCAGGUGCGCAAGUCCGUGGACAAGGACCCCAUGCUGCUGUCAGGGACCCAUGUGAUGGAGGGCUCUGGACGGAUGGUGGUGACCGCUGUGGGUGUGAACUCUCAGACUGGCAUUAUCUUUACCUUGCUGGGGGCCGGAGGUGAGGAGGAAGAGAAGAAAGACAAGAAAGGUGUGAAGAAGGGGGAUGGCCUUCAGCUACCAGCGGCCGAUGGUGCGGCAGGUUCAAAUGCUGCAGAUAGUGCAAAUGCCAGCCUAGUCAAUGGUAAAAUGCAGGAUGGCACUGUGGACACCAGCCAGAGCAAAGCCAAACAGCAGGAUGGGGCCGCCGCCAUGGAGAUGCAGCCCCUCAAGAGUGCUGAGGGUGGUGAUGCUGACGACAAGAAGAAGGCCAACAUGCACAAGAAGGAGAAAUCGGUGCUCCAGGGCAAGCUCACCAAGCUGGCUGUGCAGAUCGGCAAGGCAGGCUUGGUGAUGUCGGCCAUCACGGUGAUCAUCCUGGUGCUCUACUUCACCGUGGACACCUUCGUGGUCAACAAGAAGCCAUGGCUGCCCGAGUGCACACCCGUCUACGUGCAGUACUUCGUCAAGUUCUUCAUCAUUGGUGUGACGGUGCUGGUGGUGGCCGUGCCCGAGGGGCUCCCUCUAGCCGUCACCAUCUCGCUGGCCUACUCUGUGAAGAAAAUGAUGAAGGACAACAACCUGGUACGCCACCUGGAUGCCUGUGAGACCAUGGGCAAUGCCACAGCCAUCUGCUCAGACAAGACGGGCACGCUGACCACCAAUCGCAUGACAGUAGUGCAGGCUUACCUUGGUGAUGUUCACUAUAAGGAGAUCCCGGACCCCAGCUCCAUCAAUGCCAAGACCAUGGAGCUGCUGGUCCAUGCCAUUGCCAUCAACAGCGCCUACACCACCAAGAUUCUGCCCCCAGAGAAGGAGGGUGCACUGCCUCGGCAGGUGGGCAACAAGACCGAGUGCGGCCUGCUGGGCUUCGUGCUGGACCUGAAGCAGGACUACGAUGCCGUGCGCAGCCAGAUGCCGGAGGAGAAGCUGUACAAAGUGUACACGUUCAACUCUGUGCGCAAGUCCAUGAGCACAGUCAUCAAGCUGCCGGACGAGAGCUUCCGCAUGUACAGCAAGGGCGCGUCUGAGAUCGUGCUCAAGAAGUGCUGCAAAAUCCUCAACGAGUCAGGUGAGCCCCGGGUUUUCCGGCCCCGUGACCGGGAUGAGAUGGUGAAGAAGGUGAUCGAGCCUAUGGCCUGUGAUGGGCUCCGCACCAUCUGUGUGGCCUAUCGCGACUUCCCCAGCAGCCCCGAGCCUGACUGGGAUAAUGAGAAUGAUAUCCUGAACGACCUUACUUGCAUCUGUGUGGUGGGCAUUGAGGACCCCGUGCGGCCUGAGGUCCCAGAAGCCAUCAGAAAGUGCCAGCGGGCAGGCAUCACAGUCCGCAUGGUCACCGGCGACAAUAUCAACACAGCCCGGGCUAUCGCAAUCAAGUGUGGCAUCAUCCAUCCUGGGGAGGACUUUCUGUGCAUUGAGGGCAAGGAGUUCAACCAGAGGAUCCGCAAUGAGAAGGGGGAGAUUGAGCAAGAGCGAAUCGACAAGAUCUGGCCAAAGCUGCGGGUGCUGGCUCGCUCCUCCCCCACAGACAAGCACACCCUGGUCAAAGGCAUCAUCGACAGCACCCACACCGAGCAGCGGCAGGUGGUGGCCGUGACAGGAGAUGGCACCAAUGAUGGUCCUGCACUCAAGAAGGCGGAUGUGGGCUUCGCCAUGGGCAUUGCAGGUACAGAUGUGGCCAAGGAGGCCUCAGACAUCAUCCUGACGGAUGACAACUUCAGCAGCAUCGUCAAGGCAGUGAUGUGGGGCCGCAACGUCUAUGACAGCAUAUCCAAGUUCCUGCAGUUCCAGCUGACAGUCAACGUGGUGGCCGUGAUUGUGGCCUUCACGGGGGCUUGCAUCACGCAGGACUCCCCUCUGAAGGCCGUGCAGAUGCUCUGGGUGAACCUCAUCAUGGACACGUUCGCCUCACUGGCGCUGGCCACCGAGCCGCCCACCGAGACCCUGCUUCUGAGGAAGCCUUACGGCCGCAACAAGCCCCUCAUCUCGCGGACCAUGAUGAAGAACAUCCUGGGCCACGCCGUCUACCAGCUCACCCUCAUCUUCACACUGCUCUUUGUUGGUGAAAAGAUGUUCGAGAUCGACAGCGGGAGGAAUGCCCCCCUGCACUCACCACCCUCGGAGCACUACACCAUCAUCUUCAACACCUUCGUCAUGAUGCAGCUCUUCAACGAGAUCAAUGCCCGCAAGAUCCAUGGGGAGCGCAACGUCUUUGACGGCAUCUUCCGGAAUCCCAUCUUCUGCACCAUCGUGCUGGGCACCUUUGCCAUUCAGAUAGUGAUCGUGCAGUUUGGGGGGAAGCCAUUCAGCUGCUCUCCGCUGCAGCUGGACCAGUGGAUGUGGUGCAUAUUCAUCGGGUUAGGAGAGCUCGUCUGGGGCCAGGUCAUCGCCACCAUCCCAACCAGCAGGCUCAAGUUCCUCAAGGAGGCGGGCAGGCUCACGCAGAAGGAGGAGAUCCCGGAGGAGGAGCUCAACGAGGACGUGGAGGAGAUAGACCACGCCGAGCGGGAGCUGAGGCGGGGCCAGAUCCUAUGGUUCCGAGGCCUGAAUCGGAUCCAAACCCAGAUCCGCGUCGUGAAGGCGUUCCGUAGCUCUCUCUAUGAAGGUCUAGAAAAGCCUGAGUCUCGAACCUCCAUCCAUAAUUUCAUGGCUCAUCCUGAAUUCCGGAUCGAAGAUUCACAGCCCCACAUCCCCCUCAUCGAUGACACCGACCUGGAAGAAGAUGCCGCGCUCAAGCAGAACUCGAGCCCGCCGUCAUCGCUCAAUAAGAACAACAGCGCCAUCGACAGCGGGAUCAACCUGACGACCGACACAAGCAAAUCAGCUACCUCUUCAAGUCCAGGGAGCCCCAUCCACAGCCUGGAGACGUCGCUUUAGCUGAGGACCCCGCCACCACCCACCUCCCCGGCACCCACCCAUCCAGGCACCCAACUCACUCAAGCAGCAACGGAGCAACAACAGGAAACCAAAUAAUGGCGAGAAAACCAACGUUUCCACCCAACAGACCCUCUUUCUGGCUGUGAUGCUGUUUGAACUCUUUUUCACUUUGAGGCAAGGGGCGGGAUCUCCUCGGGGCUUAAGGGCCUGAGCGAUCCUCUCAGAACAAGCCCUUCCUGGCUCCUGCCCACACAUGGACCAGCCUUGCACCCGCCCAGCCGCCAUGUCCCCUGCAUGAAUGUACUGCACACUUCCAGUCCUCCGCUUGUUUGGUUUGGGGGGGCUGGAGAGGGUUUUUGUUUGUUUUCUUAGGCGGGAACUGCAAACAGACUAUUUUCUGAGACUAUUUAUCCAAUCCCCUGGUCUGUGAAUUUUUGAAAUGCUUGCAAAGCAUGGUCUCAGUUGUAUAGGUUAAUUUAACAACUUUUUGACAUUGCAGAGCUUAACUCGCCUAGUAGAUUUGCACCAAUGGAACCGAAGAACUUCAUAGACACUCACAAGGUUAUCUCCAUUUCUUUAUAUCUAUAUCAACGUAUACUUACUCAAGACUGUAUACGUCCAUAUAGAUAGGUAGGGGGGAAAAAAAAAAAAUAUAUAUAUAUAAAUAUAUAUACAUGGAUAUAUAAAGUUUCUUUGCCGGCAUGUUGCCUUGUUUCUGCUUAAAUUGCUCUAUUUUAACUUAUUUAUGUCCUAAAAGAAGAAUGUAAUUUGUUUACAAACCUGUAGAUAAUGUCUUUGGCUAUUUGUAUGGUUUAAGAACACUGGUGGCUGAGAUGCUAUAAAAAAAAAAACAGCUCAGCCCAACAGACACUUCCCUGGAUUGUAUCCUUGAUGUUUUACAAUAGCCAUGCUCUGAAGUUUGCCUGCUAUUUCCGUUCAACAAUGUCACUACCACAGAAGGCUCAGGCAGAAGCCAAAAGUUACCGAGAUCCCAUGCUGAGGGCUUUCACACCAUGCUCCGUAGACAAAGGGAGAGGAGAGAGAAGGCUUCCUGGCGCGCUGAGGGUGCUCCCGGCCCAAGGACGACGGAACAAAGCAUUUGCUGAAGACUUUUCUCUCAGCGAAACUCACUUGGGUUUACAAAGAGCAUUUCGAGAAGAGGUUCUCUUUGGCACUGUCUGUAUAGAGAUUGAGGUAGUGUUGCAAUAUUAUAAAUGCUAUUGUGUUGAUUUUUUUUGUUGUUGUUAGUAAUUUAGAGGUUUGUUUCCUUAUUAAUUGCAGCAUUUGAGCUGUUGGUGUAAUUGGAUGAGGAUCAUUAUGGCUUGCUGCUUUUAUUUUUAUUUUUGAAGAAGAAUAGCCUUUUUCUCUGCACUAUUUAGAUCCGAACAAACCUUAUGAUGUGUAUAUCGAGAUGUAUUCAGUGUGAUUUUUAAACCAAAUUGUCUUCCUAUAGUCGCAAUAUAUACUGUAGCCUUUUAACAGCAAGUCGCUUUCCCGACAGAAAGCCAUUCUGAAACCCUACAGUAUCGCAGGUGAGAAGAGGAGGUUAUUUUUCCCUCGAGACAAUUACAGCACUAGUAAUCCCACUUAAUAAGAGCUUAUUUAAUUGUAUGUCAGCCUCUUAACUGCUAAGCACUUUGUGGGUAUCAGCUUUUUUCAUAAAAGAACUUUUGUAUUUAA